GCAGCUCUCGAGUCUCGGCGGGGUGAUUAUUACAAAAAUUACGAGGUACAGAAAAUUGUAAUAUCUAACCGUUAGGGACAUGUAGGGAUUACACAAUACGAUACCCACGAAAUACCGUGACCCCACGGUCCAACAAACCCCCAGACGCACAAGGGGAGUUGUUGGGCUCGACGGGGCAAAGGACAGGUCGCUCAGACAUCGACAAUGGACAUCACUAAAUUUGUUGUCUCGUCAAGAGAGAAGGCAUUACUCUACGGCGAUUAUGCUACGUACCGGUCACAGCUGUCGGGCAAGCUGCUCAACUGUCGCAAGAAGCUCAACAUUGCGACCAAGAAUCGAGGGAAAUUUCACCCCAAGGCCCCCGUUACACCCGAGCAGAUUGCUGAGAACCAUGAAUAUCUCCAUCUCCAGCUACUGACCGCUGAGCGGGCCUGGGCACAUGCCAUGUCCAUGAAGGCGUCCCACUCAGCUGACACGAAGGGACCAUCCAGCAAGGCAAGAUCGCACAUCGUUUCAAGGUUGGAAAAGGCUGCUCGCACCUCCGAAAGGCUAGCAGAGGCUCUCUCCUCCAGCGCGAGUGGAGCUACCUCGACCGACCUCCUCGAUGCUCGUGCAUACGCUGCUCUCCUGAGAGGAGCGGCCCUGUUCGAGAAGCAGAGCUGGGAGGCAUGCCUAAAGAGCUACGCAAUAUCCAGGAUCAUAUAUAGCACCCUUUCCACAUCGGCCAAGGGCGACAUCUUCAGAGACCUGCUUUCCGAAACCAUAGACCCCUCGAUCCGUUAUGCCGCAUACCAAGCCAAAAUCCCGAGGACCCUUCCCGUCGCCACAAUUGCGCGCAAGGCGUUUGCCCAUGCCGACCCCGAACUGGCCGACAGCAUCCGGCAGCUCAACCCUGCCGUCCUGGAACAUGGCGAUCUUGACGCCAGGCAGGGAGUUGAGGGCGCGCCGACUACGUUGACAUGGCGAGGCAGGGAGGUCAAGAUUGAGGAUGCCGCCAUAGCUGUUGCCUGGGCCGGUGUUGGCACAUCUAGAGCUCAGCUGGCCGAAAAGCUUGCUUCCGCUGGAACGCUUCAUCCAAAAGACAUGGCGGCAGCAUACGACGAGAUCCUGGUCGCCUGCCAAGACGCCGUCGACGCAACCAAACAGGCCAUUGACGAGCUCAAACGAGAGGGCGUUCCCCAGGGAGAUCCAAGAAUGCAAAGUCUGCAGAUCACGCGGACAGCCGUAAACUACGAGAUGAUCAGCUGGCGCAUUGGGCGCGACAGGGUACUUGUCGGCGAACACGAUGGCGCAAAGUUGGAAAUUGGGGCUACGCCGAGAAGGAAGAAACGAACGGAUGAAUCGACGGUCGACAGACGUGCGGAUGAAGCGCCGGGACGGCAAAUUGCGAGACUCAAGGAGAAGGCGGCCUUGUACGGCGGCAUCCUGCAGAGCCUCGAGUCCAUCAAGGAGCUUCCUGGCGUCGCGAACGACCAAGAGCUGUCCGGCCGGUUAGAGGCAAUGUUGCAGUAUUUUACCGCCCUCAAGUGCCUAGCUAUUUCUAGAUCGCAUGCCAUCGCAGGGAACGUGGUCAACUCGCUUGCGCUGGUCAAGCAUGCUCUAGAUCGGUGUGAGGCUGCCAGCCCGGUUCUGUCAAGCCAGGGCGAUGAGGACGAGUCCGCACCGCGAAAUAUCCAAGUCACCAAGAAGGAUAUCGGCUUCCUGCAUGGCACGUUGAGCGGCGAGCUGCAGCGGUAUCGUGCCCUGGCGGAACUAUUUGACUCGGCCAAGGCGACCGCUUCCCAGACGACAGGGUCAGUGAAGCCAUUGUCGGCCCAGCUCUCCGACUUCCCCUCUGGCGGUGUUGACCUUGAGAACAUUGUCUCCUACCCCCCGCGGCUGGAACCGCUCCCGGUAAAACCGCUUUUCCUGGACGUGGCGUGGAACUACAUCGAUUACCCCGAUAAACGGGACCAGCCAAGCGCCAGGGACGCCGGUAAGGUUCAAGAGAAGAACGCAGAACCGGAGGCGAAGCCUCAGAAGAGAGGAUGGUUUGGAUUCGGAAGGUGAUUCAAGUGUUCAGUAGAUUAUACAGCUCGGAAAAGAAUAGACAUGAAGCAAUCUACUUGCGCC